UUCUUAUUGUAAUUUGUUUAUCCACGGCCUUUGGAUUACCUAUUACCAACUCCAAAAGAGAUUCCUCUUUUAUUCUAGGAAGUUCACUUAAUCCUUCAACCGGAGGAGAAGUUACUAUUAGAGUUCCAAUCGGAGGAGAUGAUUCUAUCCAAGGAAAUGCACUUAAUGGUUUAACCGGAGGAGACACUUCAACCGGUGGUUUAACCGGAGAAGUUAAUGUUCCAACCCGUGAUUUAACCCGAGAAGAUGGUUCUAUUGAUCUUCCAACCGGUGGUUUAAUUGGAGAAGAUGUUAUUAUUAGUCCUCCAACUGGGAAAGAUACUAGAGAAGAUGGUUCUAUCCAAGGAAAUGCACUUAAUGUAGAAAUUAAUGUUCCAACCGGUGAUUUAACCCGAUGA